AAAAUCGAAACCCCCAAUUCCCACUCGGAGCUUUUUCAUUUUUCUAACGGCGAAAAUUAACAAAUCUCCACCUAAUAAAAAUGUCUCUGCUCGGUGACGAUGGCCGCGGCUUUGAGCUAGCCCGGAAGCUGGAGACGCUUGGCGUAUGGCGGGCUUGGCUUGGUGACUCUCUUUACUCAACCUUUAUUCACUUCCUCUCCUCUCCUUCCUCGUGGGAUUCCUUCAUGCGGACCGACGACUCCAAAUCCAGGCCUCGGAUCCAACUCCAGCUCCGUGUCCGAGCUCUCUUGUUUGACAAAGCUAGCGUCUCUCUCUUUGUCUCGUCUAAUAAUUCCUCUGCUUCAUCUUCUUCUGUCGCGGUUUCGAAGCUUAAUCCAUAUUAUUUGCAGUUGCAUGGUGAUGACGUGUACUUCACUCUAGAAGACGGAGAUCAACGGCGGGAAGGUGGUGGCGGUGGUGUUGGGUCUAAUGCGGCACCGUCUAAGAGCCAUUCCAAAUCUGCUUUUGGUACUGGGUCAAGAUAUGGUGAUUCCGAAAUGGAUAGUGUAUCCCAGAGAUUCAGGGUUGAAGAGUUUCCUGAAACAUGGUAUAAUCAGUUUAUAGAAAAGCAUAAAGCUAGUCGACCAUACAGGUUGUCAUUUGCGGACAGGGAGUCAGAGAAACGUUCACCUGAGGAAAUGUGUACUUAUCUUAAACUUAUUGAUAAACAUAAGAGAAGGCGUGUUGCCUUUACACCGAGUAUGCAUCCUAGUUCUGGUUUAGAUGGUAGUAAUUCCAUUGAUGAUGAUAUCUCCUUUUUCCCAGAAACAAUGUUUAUGUCAAAUUGUGUACCUGAUAGUGCGCUUCCACUGAUAAUCAGACAGCAAGGCAAAGAGAAAAUUGAGUUCCAUGGGGUUCUUGAUACAUUACCUCAGACCAGGAGUUCUGUUGUGAUAGAGAGGCUCGGUAUUAGUGUGGAACAAGGAGGAAGUUUACAUCGUGUGAAAAAUGGGUCCGAAGGAAAUAGGAAACUUCUUGGCCAAGAGCAAGCAUCACAUUUGUCUCAAAAGGUAGUGGCUCGUAUGUUGGAAAAGGUAGGUUUUGAGAGUGCUACUGAAGUUCCAGUGGAAGUCUUAUCUCAACUUCUGAGGUGUCAUAUCAGUAAACUAGGCAGCAUUUUGAAAGUUUUUGCUGAUAGUUAUCGGAAACAAUGUUCAGCAAUCGACCUUCUUAAGAUGUUUCUUCAAAAAGUGGGAUAUAGUAAUCUUGGCAUUUUGAUGGAGCUUGUUAAGGAUGGUACAAGGAAUGUUGUGCAACCAACUCAGCAGCAAAUACAUGGAAUCCAGUCUCAAUUACAGCCUCAGCAUCAGAGUACAAUUCGGCUACCCCAGCAAAUGCAGAUUCCAAGACAAAUGCAUCCACAGAUGCAGCAGAUGGUUCAUCCCCAAACUUUGACUUUUCAGCAGCAGCAGCAGCAGUUGGAGAGAGUGCGUAGGCGCCAACAAUCUGCUCCUCGCCCUGUGAUGGAUAUGGAUAAGGACAGACCAUUGGUACAAGUGAAGCUAGAAAAUCCACCAGAAUUGCCAAUGGAUGGAAAUUCCUUCAAUCCCAUGCACUCCAGGCAUCCUCAAAUGCAGUACCGGCAGCAACAACUUGCUGCAAUGUCAAAUCUCCAAGCUCAAUCUAGCAGUCAGUUUAGGCAGUUGACUUCCGUGCAAGUUCCUCAAAUGCAGACACCGAAUAUGGGCAUUGUUAGGGCUCCACCAGUAAAGGUUGAAGGUUUUCAGGAAUUAAUGGGUGGAGAUGCUUCAUUAAAACAUGAUUCUGAGGAAAAUAAGCUAACCUCUCCAAGUAAAUAGCUCCGCUAAUUGCUUUAGCCUUUGACUGAUGUUAGUUUAAGGAAUUCUCAACCUGUAUAUAUGCUAAUUUAUGCUUUUCCACGGCAUAUGUAGUUUUGACAACAGAGUUCAAACUCUUCUAUACCAGUUAUGUUUAGGGUCGUUCUUCAGUUGACCCACAAUUUACUUG